GCCCAACGCAGCCAAUGGACACAAGACAUACAUGAAUCGGUCCAAAUGCACACUGAGUCUGACAAAGGCGAUGCAUCACACAAGCACAUCACUCUGUCCUCUCAUCUCUCCUCAGCCCCUUGGCCAUGAAGAUGACCCCAUGGCCAUCAUUUGCCUCUUCAUGAAACCCCCUUUUCUCGUACCACCGCCGUGCACUCGUGUUGCUCUCUUCCACAGCAAGAUAGAUGCUCUCAUGGCCUUGCGAGACCGCAUGCGAACACACCAUGGACAGAAGAAGCGAACCAAGACCUGAAACAUACAUACGCACCAUGCGCCCGAAUCACUCACUCAGCCGUGCUGCUUGCACUCACCCACCGUGGUUUCGAUGAGCGGCAUCCACGGCCAGAUCAGCCACGUAAGGCAGCUUCUCGUCCGCUCUCAGCUGACCACAGCCGUCCCGCCCUUUCAAGUCGCCUAAAUCAAAGCCGACGUUCGCUGUCGGCGGCCUUUUCCUGCUGUCAUAAGCCACGUGGCCGACGAUGCUGUUGGUGUCUUGGUCAGUGGCCACCAAGCGGACAAUGUCUGACUGCUGGCUCUGUGAGGUGUCGACCUCGGCCUUGUCGGCCUCUUGGAUGAUCUCCAGCACUCUGUCAGCCGGCGGUGACGAUGUGUUGGUGAGCGGGAGGGCCUCUUGCAGGAAGAAGGCAACUGAUGAUGGCACACACACACACACAGACCGAUGACCAUGUGCACAUGGAUCUCAUUCCUCUCACCAGCGUAGCUGUCCUGCGGCCUCAUUCUGCGGAUGCGAUAGCUCUUGCUGCCAAUGCGAUGAGUCGCUGACAAGGAUGCGGGACGGGGUCGGUGAAGCGCAAAAGAAAGCACGAGAGGAGGCAGGCAGAAAAGAGCCAGAACAGCCCUAUCAACUGGAUGCGGGAUGGCCGUGCUGCUGAGCGGACUCAUGCCGGAUGGCAGCUACUCAUUGAAUUGCCCUCCUCUGGUCAGGACACCACCAACGCCGUGCUGACCGUCUCGGUGAUUUGUCCAUGUGCUUCAGCUGCUCUCCAUGUGUCAGGCAGCUCAUAGAUCCGGCCCUCGUGCUCCCCAAGCCCUAUGCGAGCUUGCAACACACAGCUGC